AUGGCAGACCGAGAGGCAGUCUGCGUGGGGGUUCGGCUUCGUCCCUUCGUCGCCUAUGAAUCUGGGCAAGAGCAGUGCCUCACAAUCGAGGACAACACCGUCCAUGUGGACCCCAUGGUUGCAGAGCAAUCCCAAAAAGCCAAGGUGUUGGAGUUUGCUUUCGACUGUGCCAUGGACAGCACGGAUCCUGACUCGAAGAGCUAUGUGUCCCAAGAUAAAUGCUAUCAGAUGAUGGCAAAGAGGAUGGUCGACCAUGUUCUUGGAGGAUACUUCAGUUGCCUCUUCUGCUAUGGGCAGACGGGCACUGGCAAGACCACCACAAUCAUGGGGAAAGUGGAGCCUGUGUCUGAGCAGGGUCUCUUGCUCAGACUGAUGAACGACCUCUUUGCAGAGAUGGCCGACCUGCAGAGUCAAGGCUCUGAGGUGCACUGCAAAGUUCAGAUGUUGGAGGUCUACAACGAGAAAGUUCGCGACCUUCUCGUCCCCAUGAGUGGCAAAGACGGAGGCAAAGAUGGAAAGUCACGUCAACAUCCCGAGGUGCAUGUUCAUCCAAAGUUAGGGGUGUACGUGAAGGGAGUCGCAGACGAGCCGGUGGAGUCCUUCGAGAAUUGCGUGCAGCUCAUCGAGUAUGGUAACACCAUGAAGACGGUUGCAGCAACGGCGAUGAAUGCCAAGAGCUCGCGUGCGCACACGAUCUUCAAGCUGAUGGUGGAGAAACGUGGGGGAACGGACAACACAAUCGUGACGUCGGAGGCGUUUUUCGUGGAUCUUGCAGGAAGAGAAAACGAGAAAACCACCAAAGUCUCGGGCGAAAGGCUGGUGGAGCUCACCUUCAUCAAUCAAAGCUUGAUGUGGUUGGCGAGCUGCAUACAGGCUCUCGCGAAGCCGGACACCAGGAAGUCCAUGAGUGCUGCGGCAGCAUCCGGCACUGCCAUGAUGUCAAGGUUUCGGAACUCCAAGCUCACUUUGCUCCUCUCCAAUGCUCUGAGCGGAAAUUCCAAGACCUCCAUGAUCGGCACACUGAGCCCCGCCCUUGCCAACUUCGAGGAGAGCUACAGCACUUUGACUUUCGCGUCCACGGUGAAGAACAUCAAGAUCAAGGCGAAGCCCGCCAGCGCCGUGGACAAGGAUGCCUUGGUGAAGACACUGCAGGAGGAGCUUCAUUCCCUAAAGGAGCAGCUUGCAGAGGCGCAGGAGAAGGUCCAUCAUGACACGCUCACUGACAAGUUGGAGGCCACCGAGGAACUGGUGAAACGAUAUCGGAAGGGAUGGAACGAGGCCUCCAGCGAAGCCAAGCGAAUGAUGUCACAGCGGGGAGCUGCCUUGGAGAAGCUUGGAGCCCCUCGAUGGAGCUGGGCCAUGCACAACGUGCUCCUGGCAAACAAGGUGCAGCAGCGCCAAGUUCCGCACUUGGCCAACUACUCCGAGGAUCCGCACAUGCGGGGUCGGCUGAUGUUCCACCCCGCACAGCCGGAUCGCGAGUACUCCCUCGGCUACAACCAUGACUGCGACUUCUUGGUGCCGCAUGGUCUGGGCAUCCAGCAGGUUACGUGCUUCAUCCAUAAGGACAGCAACGGACGCUUGUUCCUCCGACCAGCAGCACAAUCGGACAGGAGUGACACGGUCCAUUCUGGAGAGAGAGAGAGAGAGAGAGAGAGAGAGACAGAGAGAGAGACAGAGAGUGAGAGUUGCGGGGUUCUGUUACAGUUCGCAAUGGGCCGUAUUCGUUGCUUUGCUCCGAUAGGAACAGAAGGCAAGGGCACGGCAGUGUCAAGAGUAGCAGGUUCAGGGUGGGAGUGGUGA